AACAUUGAUACCUUUGGAAAUACUGAUAGCUUUGAAAGCAUUAAUAGCUUUGAAACAUUGAUUUCUUGUAAAAGGAAUAGUUCAUCAUUCUCAUUAUCUGUUGCAAUACAAUACAGUUUGUUUUCUUUAAUUGAUGUAACCUUGUUUCUACUUUGUGUGAUUUACUUUAGUAUAAAGAAUCUGAAUAAUGGAGUUUGCAUUCUGCAGUGGCGGGAUCGUUUGGUUGGUGAUAUGAGAAAGAUGCAAGCUGGAGGGCUGGUAGAGCUAGCCACCCAGCAAGAAUGCAAGAUUAAUGGAAGUGUGGAAGACGGGCUAGAUGAUUCUCUAGUUACUAAGGAAGAGAAGCCCACUAUUAACAUAUCUAAUGCUGUGCAAAGUAGUUCCGGGAAGAAACGGUUAGGAGCACUUGAUAGUAGUGAUCUUGCAGUGGAUGAAGAUGUAUCAGGAAAGCGUGCCAAAUUGACAUCCAGUGUCUCUGGGGAUUCGGCUAAAGAGUUAGAUAGGAAUGUUUCUGCGUCUCAAGAUGACGUUUCUUCAAGUGGAACUACCACUUCUAGAGGAGAUGGUGAUAGUGGACCUGUACAGCAACUUGUUGCUAUGUUUGAUGCGCUGGUUGCUCAAGGUGAAAAAGCUGUUGGUUCUUUGGAAAUUCUUAUCUCCAGUAUCUCUGCUGACGUGUUAGCAGAGGUAGUUAUUGGAUAUACAUGUGCCACAUAAGGCAAUUGCCACGUUAGCACUAGCUUUAGAGAUAAGCUACUUUUGAUAUGUGGUAUAAAUAGGCUUUAUAUUCUUUUCUUUUUCUGUUAAGUCGGUGUGUAUGUAAAAACAGAAGAUCAGAGAAAUACAAUUGAGCUUUCUUUCUUCCUCUACAAGAUUACUAGGGUUUAUUUUUCUCACAGAUUCUUCAGCUCUUACAAGAAUGUUAAGAUGGUAUCGAGAGCCAGAUAUGCUUGCGCGAUUGAUUCUGGGUGUGUUCUUUCCGCUGCUCCGUGAGAUUUUCUUGAUUCUUUCUCUCGAUUGAAGAAAAUUUGGGAAUUUUUUUUUUCCGAAUUUCUUGGAUUCAUCUGUGUUAAAGGCCGAUGCCUCGAUGAAUCAUCACAUAUUGUGUUUUUUUUUUUUAGUUGAAGAUUUGACUGUUUUCUUGAAGGCCGAUGCCAAUUAAUUUCAUAUUGGUUGAUGAACUAAGGUCGAUAACCAAUUGUUCAUCAAGAUUGUAGAUUCUUGUUGUUGAAUUCUGUGUUUUGGAAGAAGAUUUCUCUGGGUUUUUCUGUUCCCAUUUCUGUGUGGUGUCAAUUUCUACUCACGCAUGAUGACUGACUCAGUUAAACUUGAAAAUCUUUUGGGAAUGUUGACUAUUAAGUUGAAUGAUGACAAUUUCAUCAAGUGGAACUUUCAAUUCUGUUCUGUUCUUCGUGGGUAUGAUUUGUUUGAUCAUUUUACUGGUGAAUCAGUUUGUCAUCCCAAAUUUCUUAUUACUCCUGAAUUAGGGGUUACCAAUGAAAUUAGUACUGCAUAUAAAGCUUGGGUUCAAACUGAUAUGGCUCUUUUGAGUCUUCUUAUUGCCACUUUGAGUGAUGAUGCCAUGGAAUAUGUUGUUGGUUGUAAAACUACUCAUGAAGCUUGGACUGCCUUACAAGAUAGAUAUAUGUUUGUCUCAAGUGCUACUGUGAAUCAUUUGAAAGCUGAGUUACACACUAUUCAGAAAGGAAGUGAUAAUGUUGAUAAGUUUUUGUUGAGGUUAAAGGCAAUUAAAGACAAACUUAUUGCAGCUGGUGAAAAGAUUACAGACAAUGAUUUGGUUAUUGCUGCAUUGACUGGUUUACCUGCUGACUUUGAUACGAUCAGAAUUGUGGUAUUGGCCAGAGAUACACCUAUCUCGUUGAAAGAAUUCAGGGCUCAACUCUUAGGGGCUGAAAAGAUUAUAGAAGCUAGGAUGCAGUCUCUUGUUCAUAGCAUGGCAGCUAUGUAUGGUAAUGGUUCUGUUCCAUUUUCUUCUGGUGGUAAUUCUGCAUAUCAAUCAGUUUCACAUGCAUCCAGUCAUUCUAUUGGUUCUGAUUCUACGGUGCCAUAGUCAUCCAAUUUUGGCUUUGGUCUUGUUGCUCCCGAUUCUUCUAAUUCAGGUGGCUCAACUUCUCAGACUUGUCAGCAGUUUCCUCCUCAUAAUGCUAAUGUUUUUAGUGGGCCUAGAAAUAAUUUUGGUAAUCAGGGACCUAGGUCUUUUGGUUAUAAUAAUGGCCAUACUUCUUUUGGUAAUACCUAUAGUACUCAGUCUGGUCAUAGUGGUUAUAAUUCUUCUGGUCAUAACUAUGGCAAUUCAUCUGGAGGUAAUGGUUACAGAGGCAAAGGGAAUGGUGGCUAUCGACCUAAGUUCAAUGGUAAUCGAUCUAGUAAUUACUGGUCAGGUAACACUACCACUAGACCGAAUAUAGUUCCUGAAUGUCAGAUUUGUUCAAGGAAAGGACAUACGGCAGUGACUUGUCUGUACAGAAAUGAAACUACUCCGGUUGUGCAAGAAUGUCAGAUUUGUGGUAAGAGGGGCCAUAUUGCCAUUGAUUGUCGACACAGGGGUAACUAUGCUUACCAAGGGGCUCCUCCUCCUCAUUCCCUCAGUGCCAACUAUACCUUUCAAGAUUAUCCUUCUCAGUUCCAGUAUCCUGGUGUUCCACCUCCAGUUCAGUUUCCUGACCUUUCUGGUUAUCAAGGGGUUUCUUUCACUACUCCACAAGUUCCUCCAGAUUUUCAAGCUUCUGUAAAUCAAGGCCAGUCUUCUCUUAUUUUAUGUAGUUCUUAAGAUCAUGAUGUUUCAUCUGAUAUACCUGCUUUGAAUGCACAAACUUCUUCUGGUGAUGGUUCUUGGAUUCUUGACACUGGUGCCUCACAUCACAUGAGUCCCAAUGUUAAUCUGUUAGAUACAGCUAUUCCUUAUACUGGAGAUAAACGAAUUGUUGUUGGCAAUGGUGAUGGUUUAACUGUCAAUCACAUUGGCACUGCCUUCUUACCUACAUCUUCACAUACUUUAUGUCUUCGAAAUGUCUUGCAUGUGCCGAUGUUAACAGUCAAUUUGUUGUCUGUUCAGCAGUUGUGUAAAGACAAUCACAGUUGGUUUAUUUGUGAUGAUACUCAGUUCUAUGUGCAGGACAAAGCAACGGGGCUGAUUCUUUACCAAGGAAAGAGUAACAAUCUUGAGCUUUUUCGCAUUCCUGUCCAUUUAUUUCCCAAGGUGUUGACUCCAGAUGAUUCUUCUUGUUCUGCAUUUGUUGGCAAAGCAGUUAAGUCAUCUUUGUGGCAUCACAGACUUGGACAUCCUUCUAAUGAUGUCUUGACAGCUAUGCUUAGGAGUUCAAAUAUUUCUUUUAGUCAUGAUGUACCGGAUCAACCUUGUUCUCAUUGUUUUAGUGGUAAAAUGAGUAGAUUACCAUUUGUUGAACGACUAGAUAGAGUUGAGAUUCCUUUUCAUAAGAUUCACAGUGACGUUUGGGAUCCUUCACCAAUAGCAUCUAUAGAAGGCUUCAGAUAUUAUGUGUCAUUUGUAGAUGAAACAACUCGGUUUGUAUGGCUCUUUCCAUUAAUGAAUA